CACCUACAGCAAGGUAGCUUUCCCACGUUUUUUAUCGUUAUAGGUGUCGGGCAGUAUUCCGCCCGGGUGCUUUGGCCAUUCUUUAGAUUUUACUUUCGACGAAUACACUCGAAGAUCUGGUGUCAAAUUCCUCCGACUGUAAAAAUAAUUUCAAACCCAUUUUGCAUCUCAUUAGCUUAGGGGAUCGGGCGCUCGAACGACCAAGCAAAUCUAUUUCCUUGAAGGGAACGAGCACGAGUUGGUGCAGCUUCAUACAGAAUUUCUUUACAGAGCUAAAAAAGAACUAUGCCCAUGCGAGCGCAACUGGCAACCCAGCCCGGUGCGAACCCGCUGGAAGCGGUGAAAGUUGGUGAUGGUGUCAAAAAGGUUGUUUUUAUCCGCCACGGGGAGUCGCUGGCGAACGUGAUCCGACACAAAUAUGAGGCGAAUCCCCCGGUAAACUGGGAUGAGUACAGCAACCUACCGCUCGGGGACGUGCCCCUGACGGACAAGGGGAUUUCGCAAGCCCUGGAGACCAGCGCAAAAUUGAUGCCAAAGAUCACCACUUCACUGCCAGGAGUUUCUACGCCAGGGGAGAAAGAGUCCACUUUUUCGUGCGUUGCGUCAGCCACGGACCGUCUCGUCGUCGUCGAAGAGGCAGGUGCGAAGAACAAGAAUGCUGCAAGCUCCAAGAAAAAGCGCAGCUCCAAUUCAUCCACUUUAUCCACACUGGAGUCCGGGUUUUUGUCUGACGGCACGCAGAGUACCGCUUCCACUUCUUCCGACAAGUCCAAGCCGCGAGAGCACGAAUCUGGUGCAAGUGCGAGCUCGCGCGCGACGCCGAGCUUUGCGACAGAGGAACAGAAGUACCACCAAGUGUGGGUGUCUCCCAUGCGCCGCAGUAUCGAGACGGCGCAGCUGAUUUUUGGCGGAAAUGCGACUUGCAUCCUGAGGAAAAGUAGCACAGUUUCAAUCACGACGACAGACGACGACUCCAUUGCAGGAGCCACGAAAACAAGUAGAUCAAAUCUCCCCGUCAAGUCGAACAUCGACCGGUUGAUUCCUUCCGCUCGCGAGUACUUCCCGGACGACUUUGCGAAGGGCGCGAGCUGCGCGAUCGUUUCGCGUGAUUACCUCGGGUACGACUGGCACGAUGCGGAAUGGGAAGAAUUCCAUGCGUCUGACGCGCACAUCGAGGACAGCAGCAGGAUGGACAUGUUGCACAGCCAGAUUCUUGAGUUUUUCCAACAGCAGGAUAAUGACAACUCUUCUGCACCCUCCGCCGACAACAAAAACCACCUCGUUGACACGAUUUUUGUGGUUUGCCACUGGGGUACGAUUUUGAACUACGUGCAGCGUUUUUGCUCCAAUUUGGACCGGACUGCGUCGAUCCAACCGUACACCGAAGAGUUGAAGCUGUGCCGUGGCUGGGACAAGAUCUCACUGGUCGACCCUGCGCACAUGGACCUGGAGAAUUGUGCCAUUAGGGUUGUGGAAUUCGUCUGAAGAAAAUUACGUUUUUCGCUGGUGCACAGGUUUGGAAAUGAUCAGAAGUUAUAACUCUUGUUUGAAAAUAAAGUAAGAAGUGCUCUAUUCAGUCGUUUCUACCACUACAUUUCAGUUUCGACUUAGGGUUUUCAUGUUGCAGAACUUUUUGUUUUCCAUGAUGUUUUCGCAGUACUAUAUCGAGACUUUCACCAUGGUUGCCUAGGAGAAAAGCUUUGCUUAGUACGGGCAGAACACCGCAUAAGUCUCUUUUUGUUCACCACGACGUCGAGUUCGUGAAUACAAUGGAAAGGUCACAUGUUAAUAGCACCGUUUUUCGAUAACUUUGAUUGUCAAUAGAAUGUAUCCCAUUUGGACUUGUUUUUGCUUCUUGUGCUAAGGGCGAUCUACUUAUUUUCCUGUCUGUUUCAUCGAAGCGACUUUGAAUCUACUAUAUGAGCAUCCAUCAAAAUGUUUUCGUGGGUCAUAAGAAUCGUCUGUUUCGAUCUUAGGGCGUGCAAGGUCGUGUUUCUGCACGGUAAACCAACGCCACAAACGAACCAUGGAGCAGUUGAAAAAAGGGAAUGUUUCAGUUUCAAAUGCUACCAGUGAUUUUGUCG